AUUUGUUUCGUAGGAGGACCGGAAACAGCGUGAGGUUACUGACUGAAGUCUUUCCGAGGUGCAGCACCUGUUUCUAGUGUUUUUUGCCGUUUGUGAAACAGAGAUGAUGUUGAGAAGUGCCUCUGCUCAGAUCUUCAGACAGGCGGUGAGAUGUAUGAACACAGACACCAGCCUCAUCCUGGAGAGAUCCAUAAACCGUGUCCAGCUGUUGGGCCGCGUUGGUCAGGAUCCUGUGAUGAGACAAGUGGAAGGUCGGAACCCUGUCACCAUCUUCUCGGUGGCGACAAAUGAGAUGUGGCGCUCCGGCGAGGGAGAGGUCAGCUCAACAGGUGACGUCAGUCAGAAGACGACGUGGCAUCGCGUCUCUGUCUUCAAACCUGGUCUGAGAGACGUGGCCUACCAGUACGUCAAGAAAGGGUCCAGGAUUUUAGUGGAGGGGAAACUGGAUUACGGCGAGUACGUGGACAAGAACCAAGUGAGACGCCAGGCUACAACCAUCAUCGCAGACAACAUCAUCUUCCUGAGCGACAACGUGCGAGACAAAAUCUGAACAGCUUUUCCUUGUUUUUCUAUCUUCUUGUUUAUACUUAAGGAGGACAGAUUAAGAUGUGACACACUGAUCAUGUUUGACUGUAGUGCACUCCUACAGUAUGUAUGUGUGUGUAUAUAUAUGUAUAAAUAUAAAAUCACUUACUGACAGUCAUUUUUAUUGUAUAUAAUGUUCCAAAAAUACACUUAAUGCCAGUUUUCUCAAGCUGUGUGUGAGGGGGAAAACGAGUUUGAGGGAUAAAAAUACACUUAAAAUGUUUCUCAUGAGGUUUUGGAGCAACUUUCGCUCAUUAUUAAUGAUGUUAUUCAGCAUUUUCUUCUUUGUGUAAAAACUGAGUCUGUUUAGGAUUUGGACAAUUAUUCCGAGAUGUUUUAACUUCUGUCUCCUGUGUGUUUGGAAUUUCUCUAUUUUCUGUUCCAGUUAUUCUUCAUUUCACUGUUUUCACAUCAUAAACUGUCUAUAAAAAUGACAAAUCUUCCUAUAUUCCUGCUUAUUUUUCCUUCUUCAAACACAUUUUUGAAGGAGAAAGUCCCACAUCAUCUUUUUUUGUAGAAAUCACACAGGAAAGACGACGUGUGAUGAAACCUUCUUGAACAUUCAUGUUAUUUACCGCAAUAAUCUCGGCCCUUAAAUGCCUCUUCAUAGAAAACAGUUUAAAGAACCACAAGUGGUUCCAGCCAAUAAUUUCAAUAGAUUCAGGUACAUUUGUGGUUUUAUUUGAAUAUUGAAGGUUUUACAAAACAAUAAUAUCAUAAUUUUGACAGUAUAUUGGCUAAAAUUCUUAUGAAAAUGGUAGUUUGAACUCCCAGCAGCUAAUUAUUGACAAAGUUGUCAUUUAAAGAUCAGAUUCAUGCUGAUAAAGUCACAGGUACCAAGAAUAAUAAUGAGGAUAUUUUUAAAUCUAAAAUAAAGCUCUUUUAU